AUGGAACAACAACCAUAUGACACGAAUGAAUUUCCUGAAGACUUUAACUUAUUUCUAAUGGAAGAUGAUUCAAAUAUCUUCACACGUGAUCUUCAUCUAAGCGAACAUUCUCCAGGACAAAAUAAUUUCAAUAUCAACUUAGCUGAUAUUCCUCUAAACGAUCAUCCUCCAGGAGAACAAGAUUUCAAUAUCAACUCGCCUAAGAUGUCUCUAAAUGAUCAUCUUCUAGAACAACAUGGUUUCAAUACCAACUCAGUUGAUAUUCCUCUAAGCAACCUUGUUGAAAUAGAUCCGCAAGAUCAACAUGAUUUUUCAUUAUUUCUUCAAUCGAAUUCUAAUAAUAAUGAAGAUGCUGAAUCAUUGCUUGGGGAUUUGAUAACCGAAUUAAAUCAUGUACUACCAGAUAUGCCACAGAAUGCUAUGGCUAUCGUUGAUAAUGAACAAUUAUUGCAAAACCCCAGUGAAGGUCAAAACUUCAUUGAAGAUCAAAAUUUCACAAUUGUGGACAAUUGGGUUCCGAAACAAGCAAGUGGAAAUCAAGAUGGAAUUAUGCACCUGAUGUAUCCCAUGCUAUUUGGUUCAAUUGACGGUACCAUGUUUGUUUCUCAACAACCAACGGCUAAUAAACGUUCACGUUAUGAAUGUGAUGGACGGCGUUUUUUACCUGAUUCACGAUCCCAUCCCAUGACUGUUCAAUUACCUAAUCUACAAUCAAUUGCAUUGGCAAGUAAUCAAAUAAUUGGUAUCGUUGUAACGAUGAUAACUAGUACAAAUAAUCCAAUGAACCAACAAUUUGUACAUGAAAAUGAUAUUAUUUAUCAUGAAGCAGAUGCUAUAAAAAUUGGACAUGGAUGUGUUUUCAUCCCAUUGAAAACAUUUGCGUCGGAAAAAAAAUUUCCGCGUAUGUCGAUUCAUUAUAAAAAAUAUGAAGAAUAUAAAUUUGAUCUAACACCAUUCGACAAAAAUACAAUGUUUGGAACAAUAUCAAAAUUUAUGCUUGAAAAUGAAUCAGACACUAGCAAAGUACCAAAAGCGAAAUUUUUUAAACAGCAAUAUGAUUUGUCAUCAUACCAAUUUAUAUUUCACUUGGCGUUAAAGGAAGAUAAUGUAGUAUAUAUUUCUAAUAUUACAUGUGAUUCGGAUGUGAUUCAUGAACAAAUCGCACCAGCACACAUAUCUGAACAACCAUUAGCUUCUGCUUCAAAGAAAAAUGUUGUAAAACGUGUGGGUAGUCCCAAUAAGCCAAGUUCAAGCAAAUCAAAAAAAUUAAAAUCUUCACCAGCAUUACUUGGACUACCGGUAAGUUUACUUUUAUUAGAUUAA